UCUCUGGCGCGAUAGUGCGCUUCCUGCGUAAAUACAGUUGAACAUCGGGAAUACUCCAGUUGGCCUUGAGGACGCUUGAAGAUCCCAAAAUUAUGAGCAAAUAAUAUCCAUAUUUAUACAAACAACAAUAGGUCAUCAUGAGCGCGUCAAACUCCUUCCAUAAAGCUGAGAUCAUCGCUGCGGUUUCUGUGACGUUUGGAGCCGCGGCAGUGGGACUCCUCGUCUACAAAACAUUUUUCUACAAUUCCAAAUGUGUGAAGCCAAAAGUCAACCUUGAUCUGCAGAAAGACAACCCCAAAGUGGUGCAUGCUUUCGACAUCGAGGACCUGGGUGACAAAGCGGUGUACUGUAGGUGCUGGAGAUCCAAAAAGUUUCCAUUCUGCGAUGGCGCUCAUGCUAAACACAAUCAAGAAACGGGAGACAACGUCGGUCCUCUGAUCAUCAAACGCAAAGAGGCCUGAGCAUUUCCACAGUUCUCAGUAAUAGAGGUUCAUGUGUUUUCGUUUUGUGUGUGUGUGUGUGUGUGUGUGUUCUGGGGUGGUGGGAUUAAAAGUGUGAUUUAUAUUGCCCUCUGUAUGUGUGUUUUUGAUGCUGUACGGUUGAGAGUUUCCUGUGAUCUGCUCUCAGACCUAUAGUACACUGCAUAUAAAUGCUUUUCUUAGAGUUUUUGUCUUAUUUGUCAUCCAAAUAUCUAAAAAUUAGAUUUAGAUCAAGAAGCUUUGUCUAAAUAAGUGAAAAAUAAUUGAAUAUUUCCUCAAAACAAGCUAAAUUAUCUGCCAAUGGGAUCAUAAAAAUAAACCGCCUUCAAACUGAAAGCAAGAAUAUUUUGCUUAAAUUAGUGUUUCUCAACCACGUUCCUGGAAGACCACCAGCACUGCACAUUUUCUGUGUCUCAUUAACCAAACACACCUGAUUCAGAUCAUCAGCUCAUUAGCAGAACCUAAAAGACUUGUAAUGGGUGUGACAGACAAAGGAGACAUCCAAAACAUGCAGUGUUGGUGGUCCUCCAGGAAUGUGGUUGAGUAACACCGGCUUACACCAUUGACAGAUUAUUUAGCUUGUUUUAAGGCAAAACUCGCUUAAUUAUGACUUAUUCCUGAAAAUCAAACAUUAUUAUUUACUGGUCUGGAUGCAAAAAUUUGUAGAUGUUUGGACUGGAAACAAGACAACUCUUAUGCAAGUAAAGCAUUAUUUGCAGUGUGUAUAUUUUAAUACAGGGGUGUCCAAACUUGAUCCUGGAGGGCCGGUGUCCUGCAUAUUUUAGUUCUAACACCAAUUAAACACGCAUGAACCAGCUAAUCAAGCUUUUUCUAAAUAUGCUAGAAACUUCCAGGCAGGUGUGCUGAAGGAAGUUAGAGCUUAUCUAUGCAGGACAUCAGCCCUCCAGGACCGAGUUUGGACACCCCUGAUCUAAUAUAUCUGGGGAGUGGUUAAGCAAUACAUAUUUAUUUUCUCUUCUUAUCUGCUUAAAGGCUUUAUAAGAUGACUGAUAUAUUCUGGUUCAGCUAAGCACUUCUAAAUGUGUUCCUGUGCUUAAACACUGGUCAUGUUACUGUAGUAGACAUGCUACAUAUUGAAAUUUGAACAAAAAAACACCUUGGUAUGAGUUGAAACCUAGUCUUGUUUGUUAUGACAGAAUGUAAAAGUUGAAUGGAAACCAAACGUCCAGCUUCUCGUGUCUUCUAUGAGUGUGUUGCCUAUUAAAUUCACAUGUGACCUUAACUGAUCUCUGACAUUUAGUGUAUCUGAAGUGAAAUGCAAUCUUGAAUGUGUUUAAUUGUGGUCUCUGGAUCUGCUGGGUCCUGUUUAAUGUCAUUUCAAAUCUAAUUUGACAUAUUUUGGACCUCAUAUGUAAAGAUGUCCUUGAUCUAUAGCAGAACAAAACAAAAAAUGUUACAUCGAGCAUUUUGAUGACCUGUUUUUGUGUGUGUGUGUGUGUGUGUGUGUGUGAAAUUAUACAAUUUUUUUCGCUGUCUCAGAAAAGUUCUAUGUACAAGUUUGAUGUUAAAUAAACAAUGUCAAACCGA